AUGCGAUAUGCUAUGACCGGAAAUCGGCCAAGAUUUCUUAAGGCAAUUUCCGUGUUUUUUGCUGAAAUUCUUAAAUUCACAGCCAGUGUUAUAUUAGUCUGCUUACAAGAGCGAAGUAUUAGAAAAGGUUUAACUCAAAUCUAUGAUCAAUUCGUAAAUCACUGGCGAGAUGCCUUAAAAGUGCUAGUACCAGCUGUCAUCUAUACAAUCCAAAACUUCCUUUUAUAUGUUGCUGUUGAGAAUCUACCUGCAGCUACUUAUAUGGUAACUUAUCAAUUAAAAAUUCUGACUACUGCCGUUUUCACAGUGUUAGUGCUGCAUCGGAAAUUGUCCAUUCAACAAUGGAUCUCAUUGUUCUUCCUGUUUGGUGGUGUGGCCAUUGUGCAAUAUGAUCAAAAGAUGUCGAACGAUCGCGAAAAAGCGGAGCGAUUAGCUGCAAUGGCUAGUGCUGCCACCGAUAUUCCUACAACUGCGAUGCCGACGAUCGAAGAUGCUUUCACGAAGCUUAUGGUGAGCGCAAGCUCUUAAUA